AUGACCGAUAUCCUGCCACUCCUCCAAAAGGGAGCAUUGGUAGCCCAAAAUCCGGCCGACUUCGAGAACAUCCCCGAGCUUGAUGAGUCCGAUCGGGAGGCUCUGCGCAAUGAAGUGACCCAUCGCUGGAGACACCCAUGGGCUCUGUACUACACCAUCGGCCUUAACUCCAUCGCAGCAGCUAUUCAAGGUUGGGAUCAGACAGGCUCCAACGGUGCCAAUCUCUCCUUCCCGGUUGAAUUUAAUAUCCCCGACUCAGGAUGUUCCGAUGAGGCACUCUGCGAUCGGAAUGCAUGGAUUGUGGGAUUUGUCAACUCGAUUCCCUACAUUUCUAUCGCUCUGUUCGCUGGCUGGCUUUCGGAUCCCAUCAAUGACUGGAUCGGCCGUCGAGGCACUAUCUUUAUCGCCGCGAUUUUCAGUCUUCUCGCUCCAAUCGGAUCUGCUGUCACGCAGAAUUGGCCGCAACUUGUUGUCUGCCGUAUUAUGCUGGGGAUCGGUAUGGGUCUGAAAGAGGUCACUGUUCCAGUCUUCUCCGCAGAGAAUACGCCUGCCAAUGUUCGUGGUGGUCUUGUCAUGUCGUGGCAAGUAUGGACGGCGUUCGGAAUUUUCCUAGGAACUUGCGCAAACCUGGCUGUUGUCAACGUUGGAGCAAUCACCUGGCGACUGCAGUUGGGCUCUGCGUUCAUUCCAGCUGUGCCUCUCGUGCUAGGUAUCUAUUUCUGCCCAGAAUCACCUCGUUGGCUCCUCAAGAAAGGCAAGUAUGCACAAGCAUACGCGUCCCUUCUUCGACUCCGUAAUACCCCCCUGCAAGCCGCCAGAGAUCUUUAUUAUGUUCAUGCUCAGCUCGUUCAUGAAGAAGUCGUUCUUGAAGAAUCUGGCCUUUCAAAGAAAAACAAUAUGCUCACGCGGUUCAUUGAACUGUUUACUAUCCCCCGCAUCCGACGUGCAACUCAGGCUUCGGGUAUUGUCAUGAUCGCCCAACAAAUGUGUGGAAUCAAUAUCAUCGCUUUUUAUUCCGCUUCCAUUUUUGAACAAGCCGGGGCUUCCAACAUCGAAGCUCUUCUUGCUUCGUUCGGAUAUGGCCUGAUAAAUUUCCUCUUCGCCUGGCCGGCAGUGUGGACUAUCGACACAUUUGGCCGUCGAGGACUCCUCCUCUUCACCUUCCCUCAAAUGUUCUGGACACUACUGGCUGCCGGAAUGUGUUUCUUCAUCCCAGAAAGCAGCAAGGCCCAUCUCGGCCUCAUCGCCUUCUUCAUUUACCUCUUCGCGGCCUUCUACUCCCCGGGUGAGGGUCCAGUUCCCUUCACCUACUCUGCUGAAGUCUUCCCGCUGUCCCAUCGUGAAAUCGGUAUGUCUUGGGCUGUGGCAACGAAUAACUUUUGGGCGUCCGUGCUCGCACUCACCUUUAAACGUUUGAUCCGAGCGUUCACACCGCCUGGUGCAUUCGGUUUCUACGCUGGUCUGAACAUUGUAGCGCUAAUCCUCAUUUUCCUCUUCCUGCCUGAGACGAAGCAGCGUACCCUCGAAGAACUUGAUUACGUCUUUGCCGUGCCGACGCGAACCCACGCAAAGUACCAGCUCACCAAGGUGCUUCCAUGGUGGUUCAAGAGGUAUAUCUUGAUGAGAAAGCACGCUGUCUGUCCUGAGUUGUACCACUUGGAUGCGCCUGGACAUGUGAACCAGCGUAGAGAGAAGCAUGCAGGUGUAUCCAAGGCCUGAACAGGAUUUUCAUCGUCCAAAUUCCAGAACAACAAUUGAUGUUUUGGUGUUAAGGAGAAUACGGUCGUGGCACAAAGCUCAAAUUUCUUUGCGCCUAAAUCUUUGAUGACUGGUCGCAUUUUCCCUAAACCUAAAAUCCUUACCCAGUUCGCUUCAUAUGUUUAUUUUUCAUAUACCCUCUUCCUGUCUAUCAUAUUGGCAAGAGGCGAGUUUUGAGAUGCGUGUGGCUGGCUUUU